CAGCAAAGAUGGCGGGGGCGGUGUCAGUGCGGGCAGGCUGGGGCUCGGAGCCGAGCCCACGGCGGACCACGGAGACUGAGGGCGCAGCGAGGGCCAUGGAGGGGGGCGGCGGCGGCGACGGCGGGGCGCGGCAGCGUGAGCUCGAGCGCAUGGCGGAGGUCUUGGUCACCGGCGAGCAGCUGCGGCUCAGGCUGCAUGAAGAAAAGGUGAUUAAAGAUAGGCGACAUCAUCUUAAAACCUACCCAAACUGUUUUGUCGCGAAAGAACUGAUUGACUGGCUGAUGGAACACAAGGAGGCGUCUGACAGAGAGACGGCGAUUAAGCUCAUGCAGAAGCUAGCGGACCGGGGCCUCAUCCACCACGUUUGUGAUGAGCAUAAGGAAUUCAAGGACGUCAAACUCUUCUACCGCUUUAGAAAGGAUGACGGCACCUUCCCCCUGGACAACGAAGUGAAGGCCUUCAUGAGGGGACAGAGGCUGUAUGAGAAGUUGAUGAGCCCUGAGAACACGCUCCUGCAGCCCCGGGAGGAGGAGGGGGUCAAGUACGAGCGCACCUUCAUGGCGUCCGAGUUCCUGGACUGGCUGGUGCAGGAGGGGGAGGCCACGUCGCGGGAGGAGGCGGAGCAGCUCUGCCAGCGGCUGCUGGAGCACGGCAUCAUACAGCACGUGUCCAACAAGCACCCGUUUGUGGACAGCAAUCUUCUCUACCAGUUCAGAAUGAACUUCCGGCGGAGGCGAAGGCUGAUGGAGCUGCUCAGUGAGAAAUCCCCGUCCUCCCAGGAGACGCACGACAGCCCCUUCUGCCUGCGGAAGCAGGGCCACGACCACCGGAAGUCGGCCAGCUUCACGUCAGUCAGCCCCAGCAAGGAAAUCAAGACCACGUCGGCUGCGCGAAGGAGCAGCAUGGGCAGCUGCGGCAGCAGCGGCUACUUCAGCAGCAGCCCCACCCUCUCCAACAGCCCCCCUGUGCUCUGCAACCCCAAGUCUGUGUUGAAGAGGCCCGUCACUUCUGAGGAACUCUUGACGCCUGGGGCUCCGUAUGCGAGGAAGACGUUCACGAUUGUCGGGGACGCGGUCGGCUGGGGCUUCGUGGUGCGCGGGAGCAAGCCGUGCCACAUCCAGGCCGUGGACCCCAGCGGCCCGGCGGCGGCAGCAGGGAUGAAGGUCUGCCAGUUCGUCGUCUCUGUGAACGGGCUUAACGUGCUGCACGUCGACUACCGGACGGUGAGCAACCUGAUUCUGACCGGGCCCCGGACCAUCGUGAUGGAGGUCAUGGAGGAGCUGGAGUGCUGAGCCCGGGCCGGGGCAGCGGCGCGCGGCGGCGGACCCAGGGUCUUCACUCGUACAUACGCGUCUUCAUUCGAGUUUCCGCCCUGAUUCCCUGUUGAAUGUGGGAGAACCAGGGAGUAUGUCUUUAAAAAAGAAAAAAGUGAAAAAGACAACGUCUGUCGGUGCAGAAAAAGUUUGGGACACAGAAUUUUUUUUUCCCACGUAGUUGCGUUGCCUUACUCAACUGCCCUUUGUAGUUCUCAUCCAUUGCUUUUGGUCUUGGUUCACAGUAAGUUGAGAUGCUUCUCUCGCCAAAACAGCGCCGUGCUAAAUUUGCCUUCGUGGGAAUCAAUACAGUAGUUUUUCUAGACUUGACAGUUGUACUCUCACCAAAAGGAGCAUGGAUCUGUUUAUCAGAGGAUCUCGAGUUCACUGCAUUUCAAACUGAAGCAACGGCCAAAGGAAUAGUGCUUGUUAACUGGCGUUUUGAAGGUUCUAAGGCAUUUUUUGACUUUUUCUUAAUUCCUGCCUUUAGUAUCAACUUCUAACUUAAUGUGUGUUUUCAAUUACGGUAGUGGUCAAAAAGCAAACACUUUGUGAUGACGUGGGUGGGGCAGAGAGAGAAAGAAGUACUUAAACUAUGUGGGCUCUGUUUUCUCUUUCUGAGCCUUGAUCAUUCUGUCAAUCAGCAACAGCAGCUUUCUAGAAAUAACUCUGAAUAUGUUGAAUGUCAAAACAGACAAGUUAGUAUGUACAUAUAUAAUUCAAAAUCAUGCCUCUGUCAAGAUUUCACUCUGAAGCUGUCCCUUGUGAAGUAUUCUAGAACUUGGCCCUUAUGUGAUAAAACUUGAAACUAAAUUGCCUUAUUGACCUGAAUUUUCACUAGCUUUCUAGUGACACAUUCUAAGAACAUGACAUGCUGCUUAUUUGGUGGGAUUAUUUUUCACCAAAAGCACCUUCUUGUGUUGUAACUUUUGAGCCCACUUGUACAUAUAUGCAUGUGUCUUUUUUUUUUUUUUUUUGGUCCCAAAGAGAAUGCAUUUUGGAGCUUGGUGUGUAGAGGAAGUUUCUCAGAGUGCCAAAUUAGGGAGUCAGGGAAUGCUCAAUUCCUUUUAUUUUCAUAUAACGCGUUCUGAAUGACAAGGGUACUUUCUUAUCAUGUAGUAACAAAAUAUGAAUGUUGUGCCUCGGCCUUUUUUUAGUGAUGGGUUAUAAUAUGGUGGUACUGGUGGGGUGGACACGCCGUGUUGAAGAUGUGAGACGUCUGUGUUUCUGGUAUCCCAGCUUUUCUCGUCUGUAGCCUUAGGCCGAGAGCAGGGUUUUGAAGUAAUGCAGGAUGCUAACGUGAGUCCUGUCAGCCUGCCUUGCCAAGUCCUGACGUCUCCGUGUGCCCGUGCGUUUACACCAUGUGCCAGGCACUAUGGUCGCUCUUCAUCCUCAUCACGACCUGCGAGGCAGUUAGAAUCGCCCUCGUGUUUCAGACUUGGAAGCUCAAUCUGAGCAAGUUUAGAAGUGGUCUCUAAGUCCCCACAGUGGCAGGAACUCCUGGGUGACAGAGCCUGGAUUCAGACACGGUCCGUCUAGUGCGGACGCCCUGUCCCCCACCCCACAGCCCUUCCCCAGCUGGAGACCGUCUGUGGCGCCUUCUUCUGCCCCCCUGCUGUGCUCAGUCUCUCCUGCUGAUCUGGGUGGUCAGCGGCGGCCUCAUCUCCGUGUUACAGCAGAGGAAACCAGCUCAUCAAGGCCCAAGGCUGUUAACAGUACUGGGAGGCGUUACCCAUCAGGCUUCCUUUAUUUUUUUUUUUUUAAUUUUAUUUUAUUUUUAAACUUUACAAAAUUGUAUUAGUUUUGCCAAAUAUCAAAAUGAAUCCGCCACAGGUAUACAUGUGUUCCCCGUCGUGAACCCUCCUCCCUCCUCCCUCCCCAUACCAUCCCUCUGGGUCAUCCCAGGCUUCCUUUAAAGGUCUCCUAAAUGCCCUCUGGGCCUGGGUGUUCGCAGCUGACGGAGGAGGAGGCGGGCCUCCGGGAAUGGCAUCCUCUUGCCGGCUGCUCCUUUGCUCCCGACCUGAUGACUAUUCGGGUGUUGGCACAGCUCCACGUCCCUUCAGCCAGUCUAAGCAGCAAAGAACGGUUUUCCUUGAUUCAGAGGGUGGCGUUAAUGUCUUUGCUCAGAUGAAGACCCAGGUGAAGGAAGGGAUACUAAGGUGAAGGGAGGGAAGCUUUUGGCUCCCACCACCCUGAGCUUAAAGCCCAAAAGCAGAGAGUUCUGCUUCAGGAGAGCGUCCCCUGAACUGUGGCCCCAGCCCACGCUGCAUCCUCACCCUGUGAAUGCUCCUCACCCAGAGGGCCAGGUUGAGCUCUCUCCAGCUUUUGCACAUGCAGUUUUUCCUCUCUGGAAUAUUAUUCUUUCUUCGUCUCUGCCUGGAACAGUCUGUCUUGUGAAUUCCCCUUAGGCAUUGUCUUAGAUAUUCCCUCUGAGAAAUCUUUGCCAGCAGCCUGGUUCUGGGAUGGAUGCCCUUCUCUGGAUUCCCAGGGACCCCUGUACACCAGCCUCCCGUGACCCCAGCACUGCCGACCUUUCCUCAGAAACGGCCCCACCCCCGUCUGUCUCCCGGAGCUCUCUCGGCGUCUGCAGAACGGGACUGCGUCCUGCUCCCAGGUGUUGCCUUCGCCUAGCACAUUUCCUGACACAGAGCAGGCUGUCAGCUCUCCACUGCUGUCUGAGCAAUCACCCGGAGCACAGCUUCUGACACGACUGAUUCGCUAGGGAGCCUGUGGUUGGCCUUUGAGCAGAGCUGUGCUAAAGUGGCCGAGCACAGCCUGAUAUCCUGGCUGAGUUCACACGCGCACCUGAGGUCAGAGAGGCUGAUGCUCGGGACUGGCCGACGGGGGCUGGCUCUGUGACACCGUCUGGCUGUGGCCUGGGGCUGUGGCUGAGACUCCUCCAUUGGACUCACGGGGUCUUUCCCCAUAGCUGACCCAGGCUUCCUCGUUAGGUCUCAUGAGAUCAAAGAGAGGAAGAAGAGAAACUGCAAGCCCUUCUGUGGACCUGCUCAAAGUCGCAAAAGGUCACCUUCGUAGCCUUUUCUUGGCCAGUGCAAGUCACAAAGCUAGCCCAGAACCAAGAGGUCUGAACGAGACUGCCCCUUGUGAUGGGAGGAGCUGCCAAGAGUCGGGCUGUUUUUAAUCCACCCAGAGUAGAUACUACUUUUUGAGUGAAGGCCUAAGGAGUUACCUAGCUGUUGAAAAGACUUCAGCGAUCAGGUGUCAGUCGCCGCCCGCCCGCUGGGUGCGACAGUUGUGAACCCGCGUCCAGUGAAAACGAGUCAGGAAAUCCCGAAACCGUAGUGCUGCGAGGGGCCACGGGAGCGCAGGUCUUGCCCUUUGCCUUUCGCUGGGCGUGGAGCGGUCUUGUUGGGCGGGCCUGGGCCCAGCACCUCCCUCCCUGCAGUCCCGUCCUCAGUGUGGCCUCCGCGGCGCAGGGCGCGGCGGGGAAGACGGCCGUUUGGCUUUGGCUUGUUCGUGACACGCGGGUGGGCCGUGUUCCCGUGAAAGUGAAGGAUACGUACUUUAACUCAGGCCUUGAGUUGUUAAAUCAUAGCAUAUUAAAAAGUAAAUAUUUUGUAUGGCAUUUUGACAGUUGAACUGCUUUAAAAUUUAGAAACUCCAUUCCUAAACGGAACACCAAGAAUUAUUCUGAAUUAGGAGGAAGCAGUAUUUUGAAGAACUUUUAUUUCCUACGUAUGUAUGUGUCUGCGUUUUGGGGAACUGUGUGUGAGAGUUGAGGUCGCUCGUGGAGAGUCUCUGAAAUGACUUGGUUUGCUGCCGGAGAAGACGCGCCUGGCUUUCCGGGGGUGUGAGAUGCAGGCAGAGGCCUCGUUACGCGCAGCCGUGCGCACAGAACGAGCUGUCAGCGCUGGUGUGGAAGCCACGGUGGCUGAUUCUGCUCUAGAGAGAAAAUGCAGCCGCCCCUUGGGUUGGUUCUGCUAUCUGAUGUUCUCUUCUUCAUCUCUGUCAGAUAAUUAUCUGAUAAAUUUCUGGUUGAGAAAUGGUGGGUAACAUGAAGAGAUCCAUGUUUGAGUAGAUUAGAUACGACCAAAUUCACACUACCUGAAGAAGGGUGAAUGCAUUGGAGCGGUAACAAUUGAUAGUUAAAAACCACUGCUUUCAGUCCAAAAUAGAGUCUCACUUUCCCAAAUACUCAUUCCUUUCAAAUACAUCAUGAAAAUAAUCUGCUUUCAAGAUCUGUUUGAAAAGUGUCAAGUAUUCUCUCCUGUUGAAUAUUAAUCAUGUUUCAUUUUGAUUAUCCAUGAUCAGAAUAACCCAAGAUUUCAGUUUUGCAAAUUGGUUGGAAUCUGUUGGUGUCAUGACCAUGGUUUUACUCAUUCAAAGAAGAAUUUCAGGUAUAAUAUGUUUUUCCUCAGUUCAAUACCAAGAGGACAAAUCUACCGUGUACCAAAAGGAAGUUUAUAAUCAAAGUCAGUAUAUGGUAUUGUAAAAUGCAUUAAUAUAUGUACUUAAUAUAUAUGUUUAUUUUUAAAUUAGGUUGAAAUUUAUUUUCUCUGUUUCUUAAAAGUUAUAGCAAAAUAAUUAAAAUUAUAAUGUAACAAUAGACAGUAUAGCAUGAAAUAAAUGUUACAUUUUUAAAACAAUGCCUUUAGGGUUUCAGCUUUUCCUUUCUUUAGAAAAAAUUAACCAUUUUUUAUCCUAAGAAAGAGUUGCAUUGUAAAGCUGAUCUACAACUAGUCUGUCAGAGAGAACAGGUGGGGCUGGUAUCCAAUUCUCUAAUGUAACCAAAAGUGCCAUUUGUAAAACUACUUAAUGACGGAUGUUUUCUGAAGCUCUUUUGCCUGGAAAAAAAAGUGCAUUAAAAAGGUUUUUUCUCUACUGUA